CAUUUUUGAACCGGAAGUACUCAGUUGUAGCCAGCGUCUGUGUUUUCAAGAAACUUGUUUUGCUAUUUUAAUUCGUGGAGUAAUACAGCGCCUGUGAAACAAUGGAUGUUGAAGAGCGGACUUAUGGUGGUUGUGAAGGCCCAGAUGCCAUGAAUGUAAAACUGAUCUCUUCAGAUGGCCAUGAGUUUAUUGUGAAGAGAGAGCAUGCUUUAACCUCUGGCACCAUCAAGGCUAUGCUGAGUGGACCUGGUCAGUUUGCGGAAAAUGAAACCAACGAGGUGAACUUCCGGGAGAUCCCGUCUCAUGUUCUCUCCAAAGUUUGCAUGUAUUUUACCUAUAAAGUGCGCUACACCAACAGCUCGACAGAAAUCCCAGAAUUCCCCAUUGCUCCUGAGAUUGCCCUGGAAUUGCUUAUGGCUGCGAACUUUCUAGACUGUUAGAUAAGAAUGGAGCAUGUGUUAUACUGUGACGACUUACUUUCCAUUUGUUUGCCAUCAUAUAUGUUCUUAUGAUUUAUGAGUGUGUAUUUAUGAAUGUCUUGUAAUUUUUGGGCCAUUGAGGGUUUUUUUUUUUUUUUUUUGUUUUUUUUAAUUUCAAAUGGCUAGAUGAUUUGUUGUGUGUGCAGUGUUUUAAAUGUCUUACAAUCAUUUUGUAUUUGAAAGUCUUUUGCAAUUGUCCUAGUGCCAUUCGCAUUAGGAAUAAAAAUGGAUGAACCAAAUAUAUCAUUGUCAUACCUC